AUGACCCAUCUUCAAAUAAUCCCUCAAAGGGUUGACUUGGAUUUUGUAGGCAUAAGGUGUGAAAGUAAAGAGCUUGAUGUUGAAAUAAGAAACCUGAUAGAGAAGAAUAACACUUAUCAGUUGUGUCAGGAGCCCAAACCUAUUGCCCAAGAGAGUCCAGACCAUCAGAGAACUUUGUGUUCCCUUAAGACUCGUAAUGAAACAAAUGCUCAAGGCCAUCUUGGAUGUGCAUGGGAAGGUAUGAGUGACAUGGAAACCCCAGCAGAUCCACUAGAAUCAAGGCACAUAUUACUGACCAAAAAGAAAACUAAAUCGGCCAGUUCUCUUGAGCAACAGAUUCUCUCACUGGAAAGACAGAGGCAAGAGCUUCUGGAGGUGAACAAGCAAUGGGAUCAUCAAUUCAGACGUAUGAAACAGCUUUAUGAAAAACAGCUGGCAGAAGUGAAAGCAAAACUGGAUGUGUCAGAGAGGAGAGUCAGUGAGCUGGAAGAAGAGAGGCAUCGGUGGCAUCCAGGAGAUGAGAGAUUGCAAGCCCUGGGCAGGGAGAGGCCGUUGCAGGAGACGAAAGAAACAAAAGUCCUUAGUGAAGCUCUCCGUGAAACGAAGGAAGAGAACAAGCUCCUCAAGCAGAAGAAUGCCUCCAUGGUCAGAAAGAAAGAACACUAUGAGUGUGAAAUAAGUCGUCUCAAUAAGGCCCUUCUGGAUGCAUUGAAAAAGCAGCACUCACCUGUUCCUGGAACUUCUUCAGAGAAGGGUGACAGGAACAGCAUUGAGGACAUGAAAACUCAACUUGAAGUUCUCAGACAGCAGGUACAAAUAUAUGAAGAAGACUUCAGGAAGGAGAGAUCUGACAGAGAAAGACUUAAUGAGGAGAAAGAAGCUUUGCAGAAAACUAACGAGAGAUUACAGUCUAAACUGAAUAAACUAAACUCUCAGCCAUACAUCGAUACUAGGAGAGUCUUGCAGUGGUACGAGGUGAGGGGCCGUCAGCCGCCCUUUGCUGCCAUCGGCUUUAGUGGGAGUGCAGAGCAGGUCGGGCAUUCUGGGUACUGCUGCAGUAAGGCCCCAGACUUGCCAGUGAUUUUAUGGACAAAAGACCUCCCAAUACAGUCUGAGAGGCCCAGCUACCCAUCUCCCCUCUUCCUCUCACCAUGUGUUAAUUACGGAAGUUGUGGGUUGGUUCUUCACUAUCCAGAUCCUCGAGCACACCCAGCAUCUCACAGCGCACAUGAACAGCAGCAGCACUCGCCAGACUAUCAGUGGUAUGUUCCUGACCAGUUUCCGCCAGAUGUGCAGCACAAGGCAAAUGAUUCAUCCUUGGAUAAGAGAGCCCAUCGCUGA